UCGGGUGCGGGACGAGGUGGCGGAGAACGUGGUGCAGCUUCACCACAGCCAUCUGAUCCGUUGGCUGGAGGAGCGCAUGGCCCGCGGCGAGGAGAGCAUCCGCAUGGCCCAGUUCUGUGACCUACUCGCCACCCGCUUCGCCAUCAAAGAGGAGUGCGAGGAGGCCUUUGCUCAGUUUGAUGCCGAGGGCGAUGGGAUAGUUGCUGCUGAGAACAUGCUGGAGUCCCUCAAGACUUCAGGUGGUGCCAACCUCCAGGGGGAGCUGAGCCACGUGAUCCGCCAGCUACAAGGAUGCUCUCUGACUCCAGGUUUCGUGGACAUCUUCUCCAAAAAUAAGGACCGAGUGGGCGUCCACGCUGCCAAAAUCCUCCGCUUUCUCCACCGUAACCGCAUCCCGAGCAGCGCCAUUCCCUUCCCGUUGAUGGACAGCUACAAUAACAUUUGUGCCAUGAGGUCCUCUGUCCUGAAGGACAGCCUGAAGCAACUGCUGGAGAAGAAGAAUGAGCAAACUAAUCAGAGUGCCACCGAGCUGAGUGGCAAUCGAGACCUGGACAAGCUGAAGCUCAUAACUAAAUGCUACACCAGCAUCGAAGCCUCCUCCAACUCCACUGACAUCGACAAGAUGACCAACGGAGAGACCAGUUCCUACUGGCAGUCAGACGGGAGCUCGUGUUCACACUGGAUCAGACUACGGUUGAAGCCUGACGUGGUGCUGAAACACUUGUCUGUAGCGGUGGCGGCCAGUGACCAGAGCUACAUGCCCCAGCAGGUGACCGUGUCCCUGGGGAGGAAUCCCAGUAAUCUCCAGGAGGUCCGCGAUGUCAGGAUUCCCAGCAACAUGACCGGUUACGUGACCCUGCUGGAGAACGCCAAUGCCAGCCACCCAUUUGUACAGAUCAACAUUAAGCGUUGCCACGGGGACGGCUGUGACACCAGGAUCCACGGGCUGAAGACGAUGGGUCACCAGGUAGUGAAGAAGCCGGGGGUGUCCGUGUCGGACGCCUCCGCCAUCUGGUACCUGUCGCUGCUGACCACACUGGUCACCGUCUCCAUCGACACCAACCCCGACCUGGCCCAGGACGUCCUGCAGUUCACACAGAAAGCACUGAACCAUAUGCCUCCCCUGUCUCUCACGCCCAGCUCCACGGACCUGCCGAGCUUCAUGUCGGCCAACGUCCUGGAGAAAGUCGACGUCUUUCUGGUCCGGAUCGCGAGCUGCUGUGCCGGCCCCCAGGCAGACCUGACGCUGCUGGCCUUCGCUUUGGCCAGAGGCAGCAUUGCCAAGGUGAUGACCUCGCUGCUGUCCAUCAGCGACCGCUUGGACACACUGUACGACGCGUCCUCGCUCCUGGCUCCCAUGGCGACCGUGAGGCUUAACCAGCUCCACAGAUACGGAAAAACCCUGCAGCUGACUGUGGAAGCGUGCGACGCGAAGGAGGGAAAGGAGAAGGGAUACGGACCCUCAGCUGUGUUGUACGAGUCGUUGCUUGGAGAUGGGUUUCUGUCCGAGUCGGGCCAAACACGGGUCAGCUUCAUUCUGUCGUCGAGAAGCAAGUUGGCCAUCCAGGUGACACAGAUCAGGGUCAAGGUACACAAUGGCGCCAAAGGAGCCAAGUGCGGUCUCGUCUUCGCUUACAACGACAAGGAGGAGACGUUUGAUGCGGAGAAACAUUUGCAAAGGUUUGAGAAGUACAACAAGUGGAAGCUGCAGGAAUUCCGGCAGUUUGUGAAGGAAAGGAACAGCGGCCACAGCGUGGAGCCCUCCGAAGACGAGCCUAUUGGUUGGUUUGAGCUGGAGGAAGACUGGAAUGAAAUUGAGUUGAAGUUACAGACCUGCCGGAUUAGCAAGUUCCUGAUGGUGAAGUUCCUCUGCCCGAGGCAAGAGGACGAGAGCAACACACGCAUUGGCAUCAAGCACCUGACCGUCCGUGGUUACCUCAGACCCGCUAAUCAAGAGUUUGUGUCUCUAUGCGAGGCACCGGCCAGUGGCCUGGUCUCUGGGCAAACUCUCCUCUUGAAGACCCUCUACUUCAUCCAGCAGCUGGCGCAGGACGUGGCAGAAUUGAAAGAGCGCAAGUCGAAGCAGAGACCAUAUCUGGACUUCUCAGACCUGAGUCUCAAGCUCUUCUGGGACUUCUACAAAAAGUUCAGAGAAAACAGCCACGAGUCACAGAGCCUCAUGGCACAGACCAUCUUGCUGCAGCUGCUGCAGAACUGCCUGGCCUUACUCUCUGGCUCUCAACCACCUGGCAAAACAGCGGGGACGAAGCAGCAGCCCAUUGACACCCAAUCCACACAGGACCUGUACACCUACCUCUGUAACGUGGUGGAUGUGGAGGAGUAUGACACGGUCCCUGGGGCGAUGCUGAAGAAGGAAGCCAUCAACACUGUCCUGAGUGGAGCCGCCAUCUUUUUCCCAGAUGUGCAGACACGACGCAACCAGCUGUUUAAAAUGAUGAAAACGAUCACGGAGCCUUCUCAGCCUCAGUCUACCAUCAUCACCUUCCAGUCCCUGUGCCACUACUUCAGCAAUCGGGACCCCAGCGGCCUGCUUCAGCUGCCACAGGAGGGCGUGGCCGCCCACUUCGACAUCAGCCCCGUGAUGAUGGUCAUGGACACACUGCUCUUAGUGGCCACUCGGGAGGUUUUCCUAAUUCAAACUCUUCAUAUUGCACAGGAACAUCUGCAGUGCGAGCUGAUGGUGGUGGACAGUUCGUUCGGGAAGAAUGAAGCUGUUCUCGUCAAUCUACUGUGGGCUUUGCAGGGACACCUCCUCUCCUGGUGCUAUCUGCAGCUCAAAGGGAAUGACGUUUCGUGUCACCGUCUGGCCCGGGAAAUCCUCCUGAACUAUGUCAAACGUCAUAUCCGCAGUGCGUCCAGUGUCCUGGAUUUCCUGAUGAUGAAAUGCAGCGGGAGCAACAUCAUGGCGAGCCUGAAUGACUCUUUCCUCGCCAUGGCAACAAGACAACUGGUGAUCUUCCUUUUGGAACUUUCAAACCUGAACAUCCCACAUUGCACCCUCUUACAAACCUUUGCUCCACUGGCUAAAACAUUGAAGAGCCUGUGCAGCGAGACCGGCGAUAGCUUUAUCAAGAUGGACGGAGAGAACCUGGAAAAGUCUGAGGAGCCGGUCUUCCUCCGGAUGUGGACCAUGGAGUCGGCACACAACUAUGAGAACAACAGCCACGAGACGACGGUCUUUGUCUGCCCGGGGGCAACGUUCUUCCAGCUGGAGUUUGACGAGAAAUGCGAAACGGAGAAAAGAUACGAUUACCUGGAAUUUACAGACUCCAGAGGAGUGAAAGUGCGUUACGAUGGAAAGGUCGGGACAGAGAAAUGGCCCACGGAAGUAACAUUCAAGUCAGGCCCACGACUGCAGUUCCUCUUCCACUCGGACAACUGCAACAACGAGUGGGGAUACAAGUUCGUCGUCAAAUCCUAUGGGCUGCCGGAUGUGCGAGUACCUUGGGUCGCUGACCUGCAGCUGCUUGUGUCCCGGCUGAUGGGGCGUCUGGCUUCUCAGACCAUGGCUCUAAAAUCCACCUGUGAGCUGCUCACGGUGCCAGAGCUGCUGGCGGAGAAGAUUGCUGCUGUGGUUGAGUCCCGGCUCUGGAGACCCAUCUUGAGGCACGGAGUGUGCCCGCCAGCAAGCGAAACCCCUGCAGAGACGCUGCACCUCAGGCCGGCGGCACACCAUACGCACAUGAGCAACGAUGACAUCCGGAGUUUCUUGGUCCAGAUGGCUCUUUGGGACCCUUCGCAAGAGGAUGCUGGCAGUUCGCAGUUUGAGCCAGUUCAGAGGCUUAUAAAUCUGUGCAAGAAACAGUCACCAAAGUCGGAGGCAGUCAGUGGAUUUGGCCUCGGGUCCACAGUUGACCGAGCUGUGAACGGCGUGUUUGCUGCCAUGUUGUACCACACUCCCGACCUGUACACUGCACUCCAUGCUUACGUUGCAAGUGGUGGUUCCUCAGGUGUGAGUGAAGAGAUGGUUGAGGUCUACUCACUAGCCGAGGGGAUGCAGACUUGGAUCAUGGAGGUUAAACAGAAGUAUCUAAUCAUGGUGGGUGACAAAGAAGAUUCAGAAGAGCAGAAUAAGGUUAACCCAGAAAACAUAGCUAAGAACUGGAUUGGGAAGAGCCUUUUGCUACUUAAAUUUGCGCCCCUGGGGACAAAGCUCACUGAACCCCCAAUGGACGCUAGGAGGACAGAUGUUGGCCAUUUGAAGGAGGCACAAGAAGACUGUAAACUGUUUACUGACGCACCAGCCAGCCAAGCUGCACCCCCGCCCAAGGCCUCUCAGAAAUCAACAGAACCAUUGCCAACAGCGUCAAAGUCUCAGCAGGUGGCCCCCUCCUCCCCGAAGGAGGACUCUUCUGUUCGUCCACGCUCUGAGAGCCAGGGUUCCUCGACGAGCACGACGCCCAGCGAAAACCCAGUCUCCCCUCACACUGACCUCCCCUCCCCUUUCAACUCCAAGUCUAAGCCUGCAUUUGCAAAAGGCAAACGCCUCCGCUUACUGUCCCUCAAGUCGAUGGAAGAGUUCAAGAUGGUCCCAAUCCAGGACAAGUAUCCAACGCUGAAGAAGAUCUUGGGCUUCAUGAAGGAUUCCAGUAUUUCGUCCGACAGUGUUGUGCAGGUUCUGUCAAUGCGGAAAGCCCAGGCCAAGGCCAUCAGUGAGGUGCUGAAGGUGGUGAGCGAGUGUCUGCACUCCCUGGGGCAGCCCCAUCUCUUCCAGUUCUCCUGCGUUCUCUUUUUGCAGGAAGUGUUGGCCUGUCAGAAAGAACUGAUCAGUUAUCAUAAGCAGCUGGAAGGCUGCGGUAAGGAGCUGUGGAAUGAUCUCCGACAGGCUUACUACAGCCUCGUGCUGCUCCUAGUCAAAGCUGUCCGUCAGUUCAACCCUGAGAGAGAUGGGUCUCUGCUCCCUGCGCUCUCCUGUGUACAGACCUGCCUUUUGCACCUGUUGGAUAUGGGCUGGGAGCCCCAGGACAUGUCCUUCUUCGUCGAUGUCAAGCUGCCGGAUCUCUUGCUGGCGAUGUCCCAGGAGAACAUCAGUGUACACGACAGCGCUAUCGACCAGUGGAGUGAGGAGGACGAGAUUGCGGACUAUGAGUGCAAUAAGGAGUGGAUGGAGGAGUGUCAGGAUGGAAUCCAGCCUCGUCUCUGGUACGAAAAGGUGUCCAACUCAACCCCCGAGGAGAAGAGGCGGAUGCACAUGUUUGUGGCGAGGUACUGUGACCUGCUGAACGUGGAGAUCUCCUGCGACGGUUGUCACAAGAUCGCACCCUGGCAUCGCUACCGGUGUUUGCAGUGUCCAGACAUGGACCUGUGUAAAACCUGCUUCCUUGGUGGGGUGAUGCCGGAGCACCACGAGGAUUGCCACAGGAUGGUGAACAUGGAGUACGCCUGCGAUCACUGCCAGGGGCUCAUCAUCGGCCGCAGGAUCAACUGCAACGUGUGCGAUGACUUUGAUCUGUGCUACGGCUGCUACUCGGCCAAGAAAUACCCCGACAGCCAUUUGCCCGGGCACAGCAUCACUGUGUUUCCCAUGGUGACCAUACGCAUUAGUGACCGGCACCGGCUGAUUCAGCCGUACAUCCACAACUACACUUGGCUGCUCUUCAGCGCACUGGCUCUCUAUACUGCACACCUGGUGACAGAGCGGGAAUCAGAUGAGGAGGAGCUCAAUCCCAAAGUCCUCUCUCACACUGAGGUGCUGGAGGCUAACUGCACCCAACUCAUCACAGAGUAUCUCCUCAAAGCACAUCGAGGGAAAAGUCUGAAGAACUCUGCGGUGCUUUCCUUGCUGUCCAACGUGCCCCUUGACGGGGAGGUGAACGUGGCCGGCACCUCCACCGAGACCACACUCUCCACCAACACAGCUCCUGACCCCAGCACCAGCAACCAGUUGCCGGCCGAAUCCAGCUGCACCCAUGUGGGAUCCUCCAAUAUCAAGCCGAGUGCGAGUGAGGCCACGCUGGCGAGUAUCGAGAGCAUCGAGUGGGAGAGUGUCCAGGUGCUGGACGUGUCCGCAGCAGGAGGCGAGGCCACCGAUUCUGAGACGUGUAAAGGCGCCGGGAUCUCUGACUCGGAUGUCUCGAAUCAGGGAGCGCCGUCAUCCUCGGCCAUUUACUCUCCUGUGCCGGGGGCUCGCAGGGACUCGCCGGAACGUUCCGGCUCCGCUUCCUCCAAACAAAUCUCGGCCUCGGGGGUCUGCGCCAGGCACCCCAGGGCCACGCAGCCUCAGCACAUUCCUUCCUCCUCGCGGAGUGAAGCCCCCAGCUCCGUGUCUGACACCGCGCCUCGCUCCCCAGACCCCCGAUCCGAGUCUGCCCCGACCGAAUCUCCAGGGGUGCCGACGUCCGCCCAGAGCCUGACCGAACAGCAAACUUCUCCGUCCACAGAGGACGCACUCCAGCCAGGCCUAGACUCCACACUGGGAGCCUCGGAUGUUUCCCGGUCAAAAGCCUCACAGAAGGAGCCAGGCCCGGAAGAGGGCACAGCGCCCGGACAGGACCAGGUAUUUGCAGAGUGCUCUCAGGAGAGGAUUCUGGGCUUACUGGCGGCCAUGCUGCCCACUGCCAAGCUGGACUCAGCGUCGCCGCUGCUGAACCUGAGGCAGGUGCUGGGACUGCUGUUCCGGGUGGUGAUGCAGAACGCCGGCCACCUGAACGAGACAUACCACCUGACACUGGGGCUCUUGGGGCAGCUGCUGCUAAGGAUCCCCCCCCACGAGGCCGACCGCGCGGUCAAGGACGUCCUCUUCGCCUCCUGGGCGCUGCUCGGCACGGCCGAAGGUGGCCGCAAACUGCCGGGCUGGAUGACAACACAGGUUCUAUUCAGCCUGGGCGCAGUGUGUUUGGACAGCAGGAUAAGCCUAGACUGGGCGUGCUCGGUGGCUGACAUCCUGCGGGACCUGAACUGCAGCCCCCAGUGGCAGGGAGUGACCACAGCCUUCACAGAGCACUGUAUCAGAGAGCUGCCUUUCCGCCUGAAACGCACCAACAUCUUCACCCUGCUCGUGCUGGUGGGAUUUCCUGAGGUGCUGUGCCGGGGGACCCGUACUGUUUACAUAGACAAUGCGAAUGAGCUGCACGAUGUCAUUGUCUUGAAGCAUUUUACAGAAAAGAAUCAAGCCGUAGUGAUCGAUAUAAAGACUCGAAAGCGCAAAACAGUGAGAGAUUACCAGCUGACGCAGGUUUGUGAGCCUGACCACAAGACCCCGCAAGCCCAGCUGACCCAGUACCUACAGCACUUUAUGUUAAUCUACAGCCACCUCCUGCAGACCAGUCUAGACGGGAGCUGCCCAGACGCCGUGGAGGCGACAUGGGUCCAGUCAUUGGCUCUGAAGGGUCUCUACAAAACCAUGAAGGUAACGAAGAAGCAUGGCAUUGGAGAGAUCCACCCCUCCAUCCUCCAGUCCGGUCUAAUCAAACUGCUGGUGAAGAAAUGCACGAAAGGGACGGGCUUCAGCAAGCUGUGGCUUCUCCGGGAUCUGGAGACCCUCUCAAUCAUGCUGUACUCCUCCAAGAAAGAGAUCAGCUCUGUCGCUGAGGUGAAGGAUUCCGAGACCGAGGAGAAGGCGCACACUCCGGAUCCAGAGUCUAAACGGAGCAACUCUGUGUUUGAAGUGGACGAAACCAAGCCCGACCCAUUAGAGGGACUCGACGAAGCCACGAAGAUUUGCUUCCAGAUCACUCACGAUGCACUGAACGCACCUUUGCACAUCCUGCGAGCCAUGUUCGAGCUUCAGAUGCGAAAAACUGACUCCUUUUUCCUCGAAGUACAGAAAAGGUUCGACGGCCACAUGAUUACUACAGACGAGACCAUCCAGUCCAUGUCUAUGAAGUGGCAGCCCAGUAAAGCUCCCCCUGCUGAGGAGCACAACACCAAAGCUGUGGACACCGACAUGAUGAUCCUGCCCUGUGUGCACAAGAUCAUGGGGAAACGCUGCUCACUGUCCAAGCCUGUGCGCUGCGAGAAAGCCAUGGAGGAGCCUAACCCCGUCACCCAGAAGCUGAUCACCAACACGGAGAGCGACCUCCAACUCAGCUUCGCCAAACAGCGACGCACCAAGAGCUCGGUGCUGCUGCACAAGGAGCUGGACGCACGCAGUAAGAAGGCGGUGAGGGAUUACCUGUACAAGGUGAACGAGGCCAUCGCGGUGCUGUACGCCCGGCACGUGCUGGCCUCCCUGCUGGCUGACUGGCCACCACAGGUGCCCAUCACCGAGGAGGCUCUGGGGCUGAGCUGCCCAUCGCACGUGGCCUACAUCCUGGACCUGCUCAUGCAGCUGGAGGAGAAGCCACUGUGGGAGAAGAUUCUGCAGAAGGUGCUGCUGGGCUGCAGUGGGAACAUGCUGGGCUCCCUGGCAGUGACUGCCUGCCAGUUCAUGGAGGAGCCGGGGAUGGAUGUGCAGGUGCGGGAAUCCAAGCAUCCGUACGAGAACAACAGCACCAUCGAGGACAAAGUUCACAUCCCGGGGGCUAUCUACCUGUCGGUGAAGUUUGAUCCUCACUGUGUGUCUGAGGACGGCUGUGACGAGCUCCUCAUGUCCAGCAGCGGUGACUUUAAGCAGGAUCGUCACACCUUCAGCGGCUCCUCCCACAAGUGGAUCGACUUCGACGUUCCAGGUGAUACCCUGUACUACAGGUUCACAUCUGACAUGGACACCAACGACUGGGGCUACAGGUUUACAGUGACUGGUGGCCAUCGCGGCAGGUUCCUGACUGGCUUCGAGAUCCUCCGCCAGAUGUUGCAGGAAGAUCGAGUUCUCCAGCACCUCCCCAUCGCUGAGGUCUGGGAGUGGCAGGUGGGCGUGGCCUGCCAACAGCUGGGCCAUCAGCGACUCAAAGCUGUUCACCUGCUCCUGAGGAUAUUGCAGAGCAGCUCCCACAGAGGCUGUGACCUGACUCUCCUCAAGCCGCUGUGGCAGCUGUUCACCAAGAUGGAGAGCCACGGGCGACAAGAACAGGCUGGCGUCUGCAUCCUCCCCCCCCUGCACCGCGCCCUGACUGAGCUCUUCUUCACCGCAGAAAACCGGGCGGUGGAACUCGGAGUGCUGCAAGACUACUUUUUGGCCUUAACCACAGAAGAUCACAUCCAGCGCUGUGCUCUGCAGGGACUCAAGAAUAUCGCUGCCAUCAGCCUCGCAAUUAACCACCAGAAUAAAGCCACCAAGUUCCUGGGAGGAGCAUCUGUAUCUUAGAGCCGGGGGGACGGGCGAAGUGAACCAGCCGCCUCUUCGGACCAUCCACCGAGAGUUACGGGUACUCGGGACGAGCCCAGUCGGCGAUCGCGGAGGUGGGGGGAUGGGAGGAGGGUACCAGCCAACUGAUCAGACUUAGUCAAACCUGAACUUUCUGAAGUGUGAUGCCACUUUCUGUAUACUCUCUCUCUCUCUCUCUCUCCACUCUCACGCACACUGAAACUUCCCCUUUGUCUACUCUCUCCCCACCUUGGUUAGAAAGCCCUGGAUUUAUUACACUUCAGGCCCAAACACUCACCAUUAACGCUGGUCCCUGUGACCCUGUCCUUAGAUCGGGAACGUUUGGGGUGAGCUCCCCCCUCCCCCACCCACCGCAGUACGUGUCAGCCAAGCCCACCCUGACCCAGACUGGGAUUGGGCACAGAAUGGGUGGAUGAUGCUGUAUCCAAUGCAAGUUCACUUUGACUUGACAACUGAUGGGCAGCACCAACCAACCCGCGAUGAUUUCACUCCUCGCCCACCAAUGGCUCGUGUGUAAGCUGGAUCUCACUGUCCCACUGGAAGGUUAUACCUUAUUGAAGUGAUCUCUUUUUUGGUAGACUUGAUUCUUUUUUAAUAUAUAUAAAAUAUAUAUAUAUAUAUAGAGCUGAUGAGAAGAAUUCUUGAAAGUGUAGCUGUCUUCAUCAGGUAACAAGUGGCUGCCUGUUCGUCAUCUGCGGGAGGUAACACACAACACUCGAAUCAAACCCACCUCGAUCCUCUUACAUUCUGUUUUCAUCUUAAAUAUUGCCACCUCUUUCUCCCCUCCUUCACCCCCCCCCCAACCCCCCGGUGCUGGGAUAAGCCCUGUCUAACUCCAUGCCUGACAUCAAUCUGAAACGCCACCUUAUGUCUUCCUGUCCUUAGAAGGAUAGAUGUAAUUUUUGUUUAACUAAGAGCUUUUUCCUUCUCUCUCUCUCUUCUCUCAUUUUUUAUUCAUUUAAAACUUUUUUUUCCACCCCGCUUAACGAUAGUGCCAUUUCUGAAUAAUUUUUGUACGGUCUCUUAAGCAAAAAAAAACCUUGAUAUUAUUUCAUUUUGUUUUUGCUCACGUCAAUAUCUUCAGCCCACCCUCUCUCUCUCUCUCACCCUCACCCCCACCCGGUGCACUCUCUUUUUCUCUGCCCCCCGCCUCAGCUGUACCCAUUUCCAAUGCUGCAUAGAAUUUUGAAUGUACAAUGCUGUUAAUAUUAUGUGAUGCGGGUAUCAAUUAUGCAGUUCAAAAUAAUGGACAAGUUUAAACUAUUUACUCAGAUUGUAAUAUUUGCUCAAUUCUUUUAAAUAAUAUGCCCACUUGGUAAUGUUCAAAAAUAAAUUACAAAAGGGAGAAAAAAAUCCCCAAAAAGCAAA